ACAACUUGCACGUCAUUGCGUUAGUGUGGGCGAGUUUUUUCCUUUCUGUCUGGUUAGAGGUUCGUUCCAUGCCACAUGAUGCUAUUCAUCCGGGUCCUUUUAUGUGGUGCUUUAUUUUUAGCGAAUGCUUCAGCGGCUCUGAAAAUUGGAGCUUCAGAGACGUCAACGCCAGCUCUCAUCGAACAAAUUUACCGGCCACGUUUGAUAAACAUGCUUCAGCGCGACUCUUGCAACGACGUGAGAGGAUGGGACUUAUCAGAGACGCAUCCCGCCUACCAGGAAUGCAAAGACGCGGCGACUGGAUUCAACUCUCUUCCAGAAGGCGUUAGAACUCGCUGCACUUACACGAUCAGACCAAAGUGCCGCGGAUUCCCAAAGAAGGUUUGCUCUGUCCUGAUCGUCAGGUCUCUCCUUAACCCUUGUCGCUGGGGCCUCGGGCUUCAGGGAAGGACCGUCUCCCUGGCUUGGUGCGCGCAACCGUUGAAUUUGGGCAACAACGGUGGUAAUCAGGCUAAUCAGGCUGAUGAUGCUGAUCCCCCGGCUAUUCCAGGUUUCGCCAAUAUUCCCGGUUUUGAUGAGGUUGGGCGUAAAUAGAGUUUUUCAGGGGCUGAAAUUACGUAACGCUCUAAGGGGUGGCUGGGUCUUCAUAAUUUGGUGACCGAGCGUGGCCAAGUGUGGGAUGUGUCAAGCACAGCGUUACGUAACAGCGUGUGGAUGGAUUUCAAUUUCCUUUUCUUUUCUUUUUAUGUUCUAUAUAUGCUAGUUUGUUUGUUUAAUUAAGUUUUGUCUCUUGAAACACUGAUCCUUGUCAGCGAGAGAACCUACUAUGCCAUCCCCCACUCUCCGGUGAAAAAAUUUCUUUCGAGUUUAUUGUAGUAAGUUGAAGUAAAUGUAACGUAAUUAUUUUAGGGGUGUUUGGACCAGCGUUACGAUCGCGUUACAAAGGGUGGGUGGGUGUCAAUAAAUCGGAAAAAGUCCGUUACGCUAGUUUUGAAUGGCCCCUCAUAGGAUACACCCAAACGAGGGCUUCAGAUCAAGCCGAAGGGGCGAAAUGACACUUCCAUGAGUCUGCCCUAUGCGUAGCGGUUGGCUGGGGGCAGACUCCUGGUUUUACAUAGGAUUAGGUGUAGUCCAUUUUGCAACGGAGAGACAAUACUUCUGGCUGGUUCAUGGCAGUACCUAUCUCCAAAGAAGACAUGCAAUUUACAUU